AUGGGGCACACUGUACAGCAGUUCAAGGCUCUGUUUUGGAAGAAUUGGCUCUGCCGUGUGAGGCAACCGAUCCUGUCUCUCACUGAAAUAAUCUGGCCAUGUGUGCUGUUCUUGAUUCUGGCUGCAAUUCGCUUCCAGGAACCUCCAAAAUACAAGGAAAACUGUUAUUUAGAAGCUCGGGAUUUGCCAAGUCAGGGACUUUACCCUUUCAUGAGGACCCUUUUCUGUAAUGUUGGUUCAAGAUGCAAAAACAGCAGUUACACCACACAGAAAGCCAGUCGCUUACGUUCUUCAGGCAUCCAAAGUGGUCCAGAGAGCUUCACAGGACCUGAACUAGAGUUCAUGAAGGAGAUAGAAGAGCUUGGAAGGGGAUUUAUUGAGAUCACAGAGAAAACCAUGGCUUUAGAAAAGCUGUGGGAGGAAAACUCAAAAUUCUCAGGGCUCCACAACAUCACCACUUUUCUUACUAUGGACUUGAAUGAAGUGGAGGAAAUGAUUUCUAGAGCAGAAAGCCUGUACAAGCAACCAUAUUUCUGGAACCUUCUGCAUUCACUCCCUCACCUUGAAUCAAACAGCUUUUAUUCAGAAGAUGGGUUAGCUGCUGUAGCACAAUUUCUGAAAGUUAUUCAAGAUACCUUAGCAUCGUUGAAGGAUGUUAUGCCACUGGGCAAAAGUUUCUAUGAAGUGGUUGAAACAGCACUGAAUUUAACUGCUGCAUCAGUAGAGCAUAGGAACUUAGAAGGCUUUCAGUAUAAUCUUUCUCUUGGGGAUGUUUUGUGGAAUCCACAUGCUGUGAGAGCGGAACUGAAAUCCAGUUUUGGUUUUGAUGAUCUUCAUGUUGAAAAACUGCUAAGUUACACAGCACAAUUAACAAAGAUUCCCACAGGAGAGACACUGGAACAGUUUGUGUGUGCUGCUCUGUCCAGUGUGCCAGAAGAUGAGGCAAACAAAGAGAAUAAUGAAGAAGGCUGUAUUCCUGCAUGGCAUGAGGCCGAGCUGUAUCUUGUUCAUGCUGUCAGCAAGCUCAAACUCUAUGCACAGGUGUUUAAGCAAUGGUUCAGCAGCAGCAGGCUCUCCCAGAAGCUCCUUUUGAGACUUGAAAGAAGCAUAGCUGAUUUCAUGUCACAGGUUCUAGAUGACAAGAAAGCAGGGAAACUUUUUUCAGACAUAAAUACUCUGAUCCAGCAAUGGAAUGAGAAAUCAGAUGCCUACUUUUCAGAAAGAUAUACUACAUCUCAUGAUAUAAUUUUGACAUCUUUCAAAGAGUUUUUGAAGAGAGAUUGGAACUUAUGGAUUUCUGGUGAAAACGAAAUGGAUCAUCUUCUUCAUAUUGUAGCAGUGAUAGAAGAAAUUACCAAGUUUGAUUACUCAGCCUCUUCAAAUCAGUCUCUAAUUGAAAGGGUCUUGAAUAAUACAAUUACAUGGAUGAAAAAAAUUUCUGAGUGGAAGAAAUCUGCCACCAAUUUCUCAUUUCCAGUUUCUGUACUCCAUAAUGAGUUAAGAGAAAAUUUCAAGCCUCCUCAGAGAUUCUGGAUGAAGGAGAAGACAGAAGUUUUCUGGCAUGUAAUGAAAAUUGUAUUCUAUGAACUUGAUUCUAAGCUCUCUCAUUUGAGUCAAGAGGAAAAGAAAGAGGUACUGGAGACCUUAUCUGGAAUGAUAUUUUACAUUACAGAGAAUAAAAUCUUUAAUAGAACUAUGCUAUUGCUCCAAAAUAUCCUGACUGAUGGGCCAGAGUUAAAUAUUGAUGCUUUGAGCCAUUUAAAACACUUAAGUGAAAAUUUUCUAAGGAAUCUCUAUGAAGUUGGAUCGUUGAUGGAUGAUCAUGUCAAUGGGUCUUUCAGCACCAUUCGUGGAGUAAUUAAUGCUUCCUCUUUAUUAGUCUCAAAUGAAACUUUUACAUACAAAGUGCAAGAAUUAGGAGAAAUUGUUAAUGAUUUCUUCAAAAACAUCCAAAAAUUAAGCAAUACUAGUGUGGCUUCCCUUGUUUCAAUGCUUUUCUCUCUGUAUCAGGAUGAUGCUCUGGUCUUAAAUAUUGAGAGCAAUAGCACUCUGUUAACAUUUCUUUAUGAGACUUCAAGAGAUAUUUCAGCUUUUCAAGUAUGGCAUGAUUUCCAAGACAGGGACAAAGUUUUUGAUUUUCUGUCAGAAACAUUUGAACUUCUCUGGAAUCUCACCAAUGAUUCACUAUGUGAAAAGUUACUUAUCAUUUACAACUUCACUGAGUUUCAGGCCCAGUCUCUUGCACAGAAAGGAAAAAAGGAAAUGAAAGUUGUUUAUAGUGCUCUGAGCAGCCUUAAAACUUUGUUUAUAGAUGAAGAGCUUCAAACAGCAGCCUUUUGUUAUUUGGAACAAUUUCUUGAUAUACCAGAAUGCCUGGUAGAUAAUGGGUGCAUGGAUUUUUAUCCAUCAAACAUUACUUCUGCAGAUCAUUCAGCAGAAGUUUACAGCUUACUUCUGCUUCCAUUGGACAUUGCUCUGUCUAAUAUAACAAACCUGGGAGAGGAGGUAAGUGUGCCUUAUGCAUUGCACUGCACUUUUACCUGGCUUCAAACCUGCACAGAGAUUUUUGAGGAAGCCUCCAAAAUCUUAAAUUUGAAUUCAUCCUUUUUUGUCAGUCUAAGAAAUGAGUUGGAAUAUCUCUCUGAAAGUCUUCUAAAUACAACUCAUGAUGAACUGUGCAAUAGUACAGAUAUGUUUAUUGUUGAAGCUACCACAGCAGCAAUGAAUGUAUUGAAAAUCAUAAUUGAAGCAGGUGGUAAUUUAAAUGACUGGAGACACUUGGAUUCUUUCCUUGCUAAUCUUCAAAGUGUUUUUAACAAUGCAGUUAAUGUCACAAACUCACUUCAAGGUAACAGUUUAGAAAAUGUUUUAGAAGUUAUGGGAGUCGUGAUAACUGAAUUGCAGAAAUCUCUACUGGAGGUUGUUAAUGGAGAGUUUUUCACUUCUUGGCUUGAUACUUUCACCUCAGAAAUAUCUGAGGGAGAAGAUGGGAGUGCUGGUGUGUUUUCCACUGGAAAUUCCCUUUCUACCAUUCUCAAGCUCUCCCAGAAAGAACUUGGAAUUAUUCUCACUGAGAUAAAAGACACAACUGCUUUCUUUAAAGAUAUAUCUGAAGGCAAAUAUAUAGCUUGUAUCAGUAUUUUCCAGAAUAUCACCAAAAUGAUUUUGAAUGAGACUCUGGAAGACUUAAGCCAUUCACAAACAAAUUUUUCAUCACGCCUUGCUUCUUUUCUAAAUUUUUAUAGUACCGUGGGUGAGGCAGAGGAUUGUAAAAGAUGGAUACAUGGAUUAAGCAAUCUCAGUGAAAAAUUCAUGUCACCUUCACACCUUGAAAGUGCAAAACAUAUUUUAUUUCUACUGAGAUCUCUGGGAAACAUAGAGACAGAUGCUAAACUAAUGAAUGUGAUGGACUUUGUUAAUUUAAUUUUUAAUUUUAUACUCCCUGAAUGUUCCCUACCUGGUUCUGAUAUGAUGUGUGUAAAUGUUUAUUUUGACAUUAUAGCAAAAACAGUAAAUUUAAUUCUCCCUGAACUUUAUGUAAAAGAUGACAUUGGUGUGCUCGAAUUCAUUUUUACACUUUUAAAUAACUCUGGAGGGCAAAUACAAAUGGUUGUCAAUGAUUUAGUGAGGCAAUCAUGGUAUAUGUUAAACAAGACCCAUUUUAGUCAGUCAGCCCAUGGAUUUAGCAAUACUUCAAGAAUGUUCCUUAAUGCUAUUCACCAUCUUCAACUUUCCUCAGUAGAACUUCUGAAAGAAAUUCAAAUUCUUCUGAAAAAUAAAACCUCUGAAAUCCAAGAAAACAAUUCUGUUCAUUUGGACAUUGAGAUGGAACCUUUCUUGCAUGUUAAAAACAUCAGUUUGUUGAUGGAGUUAGUUCAGUAUGUGAUUGGUAAACUUGACUCAGACUUGCAGGGUGAACACAAAAUGUUCAUCCAGAAACUGAUAGAAACAACAGCUCUGAAUACUGAACUAGUAAGGAAGACACUUAAAAUUUUCAAGUCUUCUAGUUUUUUUGGCUUUCCAUUAAAAGAUGAUAAAGAGUUACUGAAGCAUGUGUUAGCUUUGGUGCAAAAUAUGGAGAGCGUGGAUGCUGAGUUCUUGAUAAGUCAAUUCAAACAUAUCCAAAGGAGCCUAAAUAAUUUCUUUGAAAAUAUGAAGACUUUGUAUACUGAGAACUCUGAGUUAGGAUUGUUCAUAGACUGGUGGGAUGCAUUUGAGAACGAUUCAUGUAACUGGAACCUGACUGGGUUAUGGCAAAUAACACAACUCUUUGAACAAGAUGAGCUCUACGAUGUCGAAGAGAUAUUUCAUCUCCUCCUUGAUGUCAUCAGCCUUACAGAAAGAGUAGCUCAUGGAAACAUCACGGAAGCACUAUCCAAAGUAAUUGCUUUCAUACUGACUCAGGAAGAAAAAAUGUCAAUGUUUACUGAAGAAGAGUUUGAUAAUGAAGGAGAAAGUCUUCUAGUGUUACUGGAGAUAUUGAAAGAUGUGUCUAAUGAUUCUGCAGAGGCCUCAGUUUGUUUUUCUGCAGCAUUCUGCUGGACUCUCACAACAGCAACACCUCAGAGUGAUCAGGUUUUUGAACUCUGUGACUUUGUGCACAGCAGUUCUACUCUUAAUUACACCAGAGUUACUGAAGUUCUUAAGGAGCUGAAACUCAUCACUCUGGAUGAUAGUUCCUCAUGCAUGACAGAAGACUUUCAGAUGGAUAUAAUUCACAAUUUGACUUGCUUUUUUCAUCAGAUUAAAGAAUGGACCUCUGUUCUUUUGAAGUUUUCUGAGCUCCAUCAGGUAAAUGGCUCAGUUCUCAAAGAGCUUCUGAAUGUUUGGAAUGAGCUGUCCCUCUAUGCUGUGCCACUGCAAGUGAAUAAUACACAAUUAAUCAACAAUUGUUACUUCACACCAAGGACCCAAGUAGCUUUACAUAUCAUAGAAACACUGAGCAGUAUUCCAGUGGCAGAAAUGGAAAUGGCCAAAGGUGUUCUUGAACAGCUGGGUGAUCUUUUUGGUGGCUUAAAUUGGAACAGACAUUCAAAAACAUCAUUUACAAAGGCUGUUCUUACUAAUGUUAAGAAUAUGACCAGUGAAGUUUCUGGACUCCUGGAUAAGGAAGCUGUCCUUUCUUUCCUUUCAGCAAUUCAGCCUUUAAUGAUGCUGUCUUCUGUUGGAAACCAGACAUACUCUAUGCUUAUGAUGUUAUCAGCUUUAAAUGAAAACAGUAAUAUAUCUGAUAACUUUGAGAACUUCUGGUUUCCUAUAGUUACAAGCAUUGAAGAUUUAUUGGAGAAUUUUAGUGUUAGACACUUACUUGCUGUGAUAGACCAAGAGUUACAAUUACUAAGUUUAGCCACGGGACACUCCUCUUCAAUGGCUUUUGAUGUUUCGGUACAUCAAUUUAAUACAUCAUCUGCAGAUGCUAUGUUAAGAAAUUUUGAAGACAUACAAGACAUUGUAAACAGUUUUCUAUGCGAGUGUAACAGCAGAAACUAUUCUAAAAUAACGCAUGCUCUUUUUCUCCUUAUGGCUGAUGAAAAUUCAUCGAAUGACCUACUGCUGGUUGUCAAAGACAUUAUUGACUUUCUGGAACUAUUCCAAAAUAAUUCUAAGGAAGUUUAUACUGGUAGAUUAUUCAGUGAUAGUAGCAGAGAAAACUUGAAUAAUACUUCUACUGCUAAUUCAGUUUUGUUAAAUAAUCUCCUUCAUACACUUGCUGAUCUUGCUGUUAUAGACGAAGAUCUGCAUAAAAACAACACUGAGCUUCAGGUAGUUGACUUAAUUGAUUCCUUUGUUGAUAAUGCACUAUAUAGAGAACUUUCUACUCAUUCCCAAAACAAAACUCUGGACAUCUUGGAAGAGAUCUUGCAAAUGGUAUUUCAGUCUACCACAGAACAUGACUGGAACAAAAUAACCUUCUUACAGAAGGAUUUGCAUCAGGAUAUAGUGAAAGAAACGAGAUAUUUUUCUCUUACAGAAGAACCAGUUUUCAUUGGCAACCUCUCCUGUGUUGUUACAAAGUGUAAAGAGCGAUUAAGCAGUCACUUACUCCUCUCUGUCAUGGAAGGAAUCACUGUGGUUCAAGAUCAUUAUCAGGAUAUUGAAAGAAUGUGGCCAGCUUUCAACAAAGGGGAUUGUGAGAGUAUGGCACAUAUAAACCAAGAACUUUCCAAUACUUUGGAGAGCUUCCUGAGGGCCUUGCAAGAUACCAGCAAUGGCAGCUGUGAAUGUCAGCUAACCAGGAACAUACAGAGACAAUUGCAAAUGGUGGUUGAAAAUCUGGAGCUACAGAUGUCAGAAAACCCGGCGACAGCUUUUCUCAGCAAUUUUAAUCCUUUAAAUGAUGUGAAAAUUAAAGAGUGUGUGCAGAAUGUUACUCAGUUAAGGCUGGACAUUGGUUCUUCUGUCAAUAUUUCUGAAGAAACUAUCAGUACCAUCUUGGAAGCCAGUAUCUCUCAGUCAAAGUUCUUUUACAGUGCCCUUGUGGUAGCUUUAACUGGAAGAUGUGAUGAAGAAAUACUUAACCUUCUACUAAAGCUACCUGAAAACAAUAAAACUUCCCUGGCAGUGGCAGAAUUAUGUUCUUUACCAGCACUGGACUUAUAUACCAUGUUUGUACUGAUUAUACAGAAUUUGAACUUGCGUCAUAUAAUUUACAAGAUUAAGAUACCAUCUGAGAUUGGCAAUGUAUUAAAUAUGCUACUGGAUGUGGUUUCUAGUAUCAGUGCUCUUUUCAAUAAAACCCACCACAUCAUGGAAAAACUUCCAGUGUUCCUCCAAGGAAUUCAGAAUAUUGGUGUGUCUGACAUCUCUGCACUGCAGCAGUUGUUGCAAGGUGGGCAGUUCAGAAGUUCAGCUGCUGGAUCCCUGGAGUCUGUGAUCAAGGCAGUGUGCAAAGAAGAAUCUUCGUUUUUCAGCAAUGCAAACCUCUUCAUUGAUAUGCCCAGAAUCACAGGACUCUUGGAGGACAAUAUGGGGAAAUAUGGCAUUCCUGAGGACUCAACUCCUUUUUGCUUGAAACUUUAUCAGGAAAUUUUACAGUCCUCUAAUGGGGCUUUGCUGUGGACUUUCCUGAAACCAUUAUUACAUGGGAAGAUACUGUACAAUUCAAACAUAAACAUGAUCGACCUGGUGAUGGAGAAGGCUAAUUUCACUUUUGGUUUUGUGGAAAACUUGAAGACUUACUCUGAGACAUGGCUUAGGAUGUCUGAGGUAUUUAAAACCAGUGGCAAUGUCCUCACGGUCUCACGACUGCAGGAAGCUCUGCAAAGCAAUUUCAUAAAGCAUUUUAUAGAAAGUAAUUUGGAUAUUGACACGGAAAAACUUUUUAAAAAAUUGCAAGUAUAUGAAACUACAAUGAACAAGAUGCUUAACAGCUCAGCAAGUAAACAGAUUGACCUGUUGUCACAGCUUGUAGUAAAUAUCUCUUCCUGUGUGUUGCUGGACCGUUUCCAGCCUUUUGACUCUGUUGAGAAACUGGAGGAGAAGGCUCAUGAACUCAUGCAGCAAAAUAAUUUUUUGGCUAGUAUCAUCUUUGACACACCAGGGAACAAGACACAGGAUUCUGGCAAUCUCCUUCCACAACACAUUUCAUAUACAAUUAGAACCAGUGUUCUCUACAGCAUGAGAACAGAUCUGAUUAAAAACCCAGCGUGGAAAUCCCAUCCCCAGAAGCUGCCAGCUGAUGGGUUUAAAUACAACCACAUCUUCAUUCCUCUGCAAGACAUGAUUGAAAGGGCAAUUAUUUCAGCACAGACUGGGACAGAUACCUCAGAGCCAGCCAUUCAGGUGCAAGCCAUGCCUUACCCUUGUCAUACGAGUGAUCUAUUCUUGAAUAAUAUAGGAUUUUUUUUCCCACUUAUGAUGAUGUUAACAUGGAUGGUUUCAGUUGCUGGCAUGGUUCGCAAGCUGGUUUAUGAAAGAGAAAUUAAUCUUGAAGAGUAUAUGAAGACAAUGGGUGUACAUCCAGCCAUUCAUUUCUUUGCUUGGUUUCUGGAGAAUGUCAUUGUAAUCACAAUAAGCAGCUGUGCUCUGGCCAUCAUUUUGAAAGCAAGUGGUAUCUUUGCUUAUAGCAAUGGCUUCCUCAUCUUCUUUUUUCUUCUGGAUUUUGGAGUUACAGUGAUUAUGUUAAGCUAUUUUUUGGGAUCAUUUUUUAGCAGUGCUGAUACAGCAGCUCUCUGUGCCAGCCUGAUGUAUAUGAUCAGUUUUUUACCCUACAUAGUUCUGUUGGUCCUGCAAAGCCAGUUGAGUUUCAUCAACCAGAUUAUAAUGUGUCUUCUGUCUACAACUGCCUUUGGGCAAGGAGUAUUUUUCAUUACAUUUUUCGAGGGUCAAGAAACAGGAAUUCAGUGGAAUAAUGUACACCAGUCAAUUGCACAAGGAGGACACAUGACCUUUGGGUGGAUGUGCUGGAUGAUGUUCUUUGACUCCAUUUUAUAUUUUAUAAGUGGCUGGUAUUUCAGCAAUAUUAUUCCUGGAAAAUUUGGAAUAAAGAAACGAUGGUACUUUCCCUUUACCAUUUCCUACUGGAAGAACCUGUGUGGUGCAGAGAGGAGGAAGAGACAUUUUUUGGAUUCUAGUAUGUUUUUCUUCAAUGAAAACAUCCAAGGAAAAGAGCCAGCACCUCUGGGCCAGAAGGACCCCUGCAGAGAAGGGGCCACCACUGGUGUGGUGCUGCUGUCUCUCACCAAAGAACAUGUGGAUGGCCAGAAAGCUGCUGUUAAAGAUCUCAACCUCACUUUCCAUAGAGGUCAGAUCACAGCACUCUUGGGACCUAAUGGAGCUGGCAAGACAACAGUUAUAUCACUGCUAACUGGUCUGUAUCCACCAAGCUCUGGCACUGUUAUUAUAAAUGGAAAGGACAUCCGUACUGAUCUUGCUGCCAUCAGGGCAGAGCUUGGUGUCUGCCCCCAGUAUGAUGUCCUGUUCAACAUAUUAACAGUGCGAGAACAUCUGCUGCUUUAUGGAUCAGUGAAGGCACCUGACUGGACAAAAGAACAGUUGAAUCAGCAAGUCACUGGAGCUCUGGAAGAUGUGGAUUUAUCCCAACACCAGUACAAACCUGUUGGAGCUCUUUCUGGGGGAAUGAAAAGGAGGCUGUCGAUUGCCAUCUCCUUUAUUGGAAACUCCAAGACAGUUGUUCUAGAUGAGCCCACAAGUGGAGUAGAUCCAUGUUCUCGCCGUAGCAUCUGGGAUGUUCUUCUAAAGUACAAAGCUGGUUGCACACUGAUCUUUACCACUCACCACCUUGAUGAAGCAGAGGUUCUCAGUGAUCACAUUGCCAUCCUGCAGCGUGGCCAGCUGAGGUGCUGUGGCUCCCCCUCCUAUCUGAGAGAAAGAUAUGGCCAGGGACACAGCCUAACACUCAUAAAAAAGCCCUCUGUGUUUGAAAUCCAGGAUCCUAAGCAUAUUGUUCAGGUCACAUCUUUGGUACAGACUCACAUCCCAGAAGCCUUCUUGAAAGAGAACAGUGGGACUGAGCUGACCUAUGUGAUUCCAGAAAAUGCAGAUAAGACCUCUUUUAAUGGUCUUUUUCAGGCUUUAGAUAAAAGCCUUCAUCAUCUACAUGUGACUGGCUAUGGCAUUUCUGACACCACUUUGGAAGAGGUUUUUCUGAAGCUACUGCAGGAGUCAGAGAAGAUGCCCUAUGUCCCACAGGCAGCACACCUGGACCAUACAAAUGGUGCUGAAUCAGCCUAUAUCUCACUUAUGAAGCCCUCAAGUGUGCACGGAGUCCGUCACGUUCUCAGACAGAUUGUUGCUUUUCUGAUGAAGAGGUUUCACCACACCAGGCGAGGCUGGAGAGGAAGUCUGUCAAAUGUGCUGCUUCCUGUCCUCUUUGUUGCACUGGCAAUGGCCUUGUUUAGUGUGAAGCCACUGGCUAUUGAUUAUCCUUCUCUCAAGCUGACACCAAGACUUUAUGACAAUGCAGAAUCCUUUUUCAGAAAAAAUAAUUCAUGUUGGCAUAUGGAAUAUGCAUCACACAAGGAUUCAUGCAGAUGUAUGGCUGAGAAAGAGAUGUGUCCAAGUUUCAAUACCUCUGCUCUCUAUGUGAAAAAUAAGAAAGGACAUAUUUUGUAUAAUCUUUCAGGGUUCCUUGUGGAAGAAUAUUUAGUGAGGCUUCCCAACAAAGCAAGCAGAUAUGGUGGCUGGUCUUUUGGAGGGAGGAAAGAAUUUGAACUGCAAGAAAAAAAAUGGAAUAACACCAAAUCUAAGCCUCUGGCUAAGGUGUGGUACAACCAAAAAGGUUUCCAUUCACUGCCAUCCUACUUAAAUGAACUCAACAACUUCAUUCUGUGGCUGAAUUUGCCUCCUAAUGUGGAUUGGAGACAGUAUGGGAUCACACUCUACAGCCAACCAUAUGGAGGAGCCUUGCUGGAUGAAGACAAAAUAAUGGAGAACGUCCGUCAGUGUGGGGUAGCACUGUGCAUCAUGCUGGGUUUCUCUAUCCUUACUGCAUCCAUUGGAAGUGCCAUAGUCAAAGACAGAGUAUCUGGCACAAAACGCUUGCAGCACAUCACAGGCCUGGGUUACAAAACAUAUUGGCUUGCUAACUUCUGCUAUGACAUGCUGUUUUACAUGGUUCCAGUCACUCUAUGUGUUGGUGUUAUUAGUGCCUUCCAUCUAUCAGCCUUCACUAUCCGAAAGAACUUGGCAGCCACUGGUCUCCUGCUGAUACUCUUUGGAUACUCAACUUUACCAUGGAUGUAUCUUGUAUCCAGAUUCUUCUCAAGUUCAGAUGUUGCUUUUAUUUCUUACAUCUCCUUGAAUUUUGUGUUUGGCCUGUGUACCAUGCUGGUGACUCUCUUACCUCGUUUGUUAGCUAUAAUUUCCAAAGUGCAGACUUUCCAGAACAUCUACAACAUCCUCAAAUGGGUCUUCAUCAUAUUUCCGCAAUUCUGCUUAGGCCAGGGUUUAAUAGAGCUUUCAUAUAAUCAGAUCAAGUUUGACCUGACCAGCAACUUUGGAAUAGACUCGUAUGUGAGCCCCUUUGAGAUGAAUUUCCUGGGCUGGAUUUUUGUGGAAAUGGCCCUGCAGGGAACACUACUUCUUCUUUUACGGCUUUUUCUUCAUUGGGAUCUCCUCCACAAACUAAGGGCUCAGUGUUCAAUCAACAACAUAGUUGGCCCUUCAGAAGAUAUUGAUGUAGAAAUGGAGCGGCAGAGGCUCUUUGGUGGAAGAACUGGUAAUGAUGUCCUUCUCCUGUACAACCUCAGAAAGUGUUAUGGAGGUUUCAGUAAGAAGAACACAGCUGUGGAAAGCAUAAGCUUGGGAAUACCAAGGGGAGAGUGUUUUGGACUCCUGGGAACUAAUGGAGCUGGGAAAAGCACAACGUUUAAGAUGCUGACUGGAGACAUCAUCCCGUCUGCAGGACGCGCUGUUAUCAGGACUCCUACAGGGUCUGAAUUGGAUAUACUGUCUGCUGGCUCUGAAGGAAUUCUCAUUGGCUAUUGUCCACAGCAAGAUGCCCUCGAUGAACUUUUAACUGGUUGGGAGCAUCUUUAUUAUUACUGCACACUGCGUGGAAUUUCAAAACCGGAUAUCCGUAAGGUUGCAGAGGACCUUGUUAACCGGUUACACCUCAAUGCCCAUGCUGACAAAUUGGUGAGAACCUACAGUGCUGGCACAAAGAGGAAGCUCUCUACUGCUCUGGCUUUAGUUGGUAAACCCCAAAUACUCUUAUUGGAUGAACCUAGCUCUGGGAUGGAUCCCUGCUCUAAACGUUACCUUUGGAAAACCAUACUGAAGGAAGUUCAGGAUGGUUGUGCAGCUGUGCUGACAUCCCACAGUAUGGAAGAAUGUGAAGCCCUCUGCACGCGGCUUGCUAUUAUGGUCAAUGGAAGUUUCAAGUGUCUUGGUUCUCCCCAGCACAUUAAAAACAGGUUUGGAGAUGGCUAUUCUGUCAAGAUUUGGCUUAGUAAAGAAAUAAACUCUCAAAGAAUAAUUUUGAACUGUCUGCAGUUGCAUUUUCCUGGAACACAGUUUAAGGCACAGCAUCUUAACCUCUUGGAGUACCACGUACCACGAAGUCAGGGAUGCUUAGCAGAGCUCUUCAGAGUCCUAGAAAAUCACAAAGCUUUUCUCCAAAUCAAACACUACUCCAUUAGCCAAACAACACUAGAGCAGGUAUUCAUUAAUUUUGCUACACAAGAUCAAGGAAUCUCACAUUCUUCACAAGAAUCUGUUCAUCAUGGCCACCUGCCUGUCUAG